AUGUCCACACAACAGCUCAGCACUCAGAGACAGGCCUACCUUUACCUUGCGUACCCAAAGCUUUGGCGCGAACAGUACCAACAUAUUUUUCUAGGUCCCCCACAUAACGCGAACCUUGCAGCGCAGCAACAUCAACAGCAGCUGUACCAGCAACAGAUGGCGCAACGCAACGCCGCCCUCGAGCAUCAGAUGGCACAGCGACGAGCGAAAAAGCCGACCGAUCGCAACAUGCCCGAUGGCAUCGAAGACCUGAUUGUUGGCGACGCUGUGCAACAGUAUAAAGAGUUGCGUGAAGUGGAGAAGAAGCUAGACUACACAAUCAUGCGCAAACGCCUAGAUAUUCAGGACACUAUGAACCGCAAUGUGCGCCGCCAGAAAACCAUGCGCAUUUGGAUCACAAAUACGUGCGAAAACCAGCCCUGGCAGCGGCCCGCGCUCGACGAGAAUUCGUUCGACUUUGAGUCCGGCGCCGAAUCGACAUACCGUGUCAAGAUCGAAGGAAAGAUCAUCGACGAGGACGAGACGACCGAUGAGGCCGACGAAAUGGAUGUCGACGGAGAAAGCGAUGCUGCUCCCACCAAGGAGGCCAAAUCUCCACCUCCAAAGAAAUUCUCUAGCUAUUUCAAGGCAAUUUCGGUCGAGAACGACAAGAACAGACAGAACCCAAAUCUCAACAUUGAUCCUACUACGCAAGUGGAGUGGAAGAAGACUCCCCAGUCCCAAGAGUUCGACUGCUUCGAGUUCCAACGCAAGGGCGACGAGAACCAGAACGUUACUAUCAGCCUUGUUCGCGACGAGCCGGUAGAGAGAUACCGGUUGUCCCAGGCUCUUGCAAACACCCUAGACAUGGAAGAAGCCGACCGAGCAGAAGUGGUUAUGGGUAUCUGGGAGUACGUCAAAGCGAUGGGCCUUCAAGAGGACGAUGAGCGCCGGCAUAUAUUCAACGCCGAUGCCUUCCUUUUCCCUCAAGUCGCCGAGCGCAUCAUGCCUCAUCUUCACCCUCUGCCUCCGCUCAAGCUCCAGUACACCAUCCGUGUUGACCAGGAGUUUCAGUCUGUCGAGCCACAGCCGACGAUCUACGACAUUAAGAUCACCACCGAUGAUCCUCUCCGAUCCCGAAUCAUGGCCAUCACCUCAUCUUCACAAACGGCGCAGAAUCUUCGUCAAAUCAACACCAUAGACGAGCAACUUGCGGUUGUCAUUCAGGCUAUCCAACACCACAAGGCCAAGCACACGUUUUACAAGAACUUCAACCGAGACCCAGUCGGUUUCCUUAAGAAGUGGCAUUCUUCCCAGCAGCGGGAUCUAUCUGUCAUCCUCGGUGAGAUGGAGCGCGGCGACGUCGCCGGUCUAGAAUUCGCCAAGGGAGGCAGCGAUGGUGUGUGGGGAUCCGACAUUGUGGGAGAGGCAGUGCGCUACAAACUCGCCCGAGGUGAGGCCAUGCGAGGGUAG